AUGGCUCUGAAUGUGACCAAGUGUGUUGUAAUGUCUUUCAAGCGUGGAACAAGUAUACUUGAUUCUCAAUACUCCUUGAGAGGCAUUCCUUUGAAAAGAGUAUGCAGUUUCAAGGACCUUGGAGUGACUAUGACUCAGUCUCUUAGCCCACUGGAUCACAUAAGUGUGAUCACUGGAGAGGCUAGAUCUCUCCUUGGCUUUAUAUUUAGGUCCACCAGGGAUUUCAGUUCUCCCGAGAGUCUCUUGGUUUUGUUUAGGGCUCUUGUUCUUCCAGUGUUGGAAUAUGGCUCUAUUAUCUGGGCACCAUACCAUCUGUACCAGAUUAACCUGCUGCAAAGUGUGCAGAGACGUUUCGUGAGGAUGCUGAGCUGCAGGAUGGGUUUCAAGUACUUUGAAGUUCCUGUGGAGGAGAUUAAGGGACAUUUCCAUCUCCUCCCUUUGGUUCUGAGGUGGGAACACAACGACCUGGUCCUUCUUUUCAAGACUGUCAAUGGAUAUUUGGACUGCCCUGAACUUCUGGCUAGUAUUAACAUCUGUGUUCCAAGAGGAAUGUGCUCAAGGUUCCAUUUCUCACAGAUGCUCUCACACAACAGCCUAUGCCUAUAA